ACAGUAUUUUCAGUACGAAUCGACAUCGUGGUUUCGUGGCGUUACAGCCACGCCAAAGGAGAGUGUUUCUUGGUAGCGCGCAUGAUUUACGUUGUUGAGGGGCAAAGCUGUUCUAAUAUCCUCGCCAAAUAUUUUUUCCAAUAUGCCAGACUGGAGAGAACGUGACGAUUCGGACCGCGGGUAUGGUGGUGGUGGCGGCGGCGGCGGCGAUAGCUAUGGCAGCUACGACCGCGAGCGUCGUGAUUACCGUAGCGAUCGAGGGGGUUAUGAUCGCAAUGGUGGUGGCGGCGGAGGCUACCGCUCCGGUGGCGGUAGCUACGGUGGCCGCCGGGACGAAGACGGCGGAUACCGCGCUGGUGGAGGUGGUGGUUAUCGAGGCAGCGGUGGUGGUCCCGGCGGCGGCAGCCGAGGUCCCCCAAGAAUUGAUCCGGCCACAGCCAAAACCGAGGUAUUUGAGGUGGAAGCGGACAAGGUGAAGUUCAUUAUCGGGCGCGGCGGUAACAAGAUCCGCGAAAUCCAGGACCGUUGCCGUGUGUCGGUGCAGAUCGACAAGGCUCGCAACGAGAACGGCGCCAAUAAUGUAUCGGUGAUGGGCGAUCAGAUGAACAUUGAUCGUGCCCGCGACAUGAUCAACACGAUCAUCAACGAUGACCGACGGGACCGAGAGGACGAUCGGCGCCGCGAUGGUGGUGCCUACUAGGCAAGCAAUCUUGUCUCAAUAGUAAGAAAAGCGCGAAUGCUCAGCAAUGACGGCGAGGAUGGCAGUUUCCGCAGCAUCACAGUGCGAAAUCAGUAGUGGAGAACGGAAAGCAACGCAUGCAGAAGAAAAAUGGAAAGACUCUUAUCCAUAAAAAACACAAUACAGUAAGCAAAAAGUACUACGGAUAAUGGUAACAAAUUCAACAUACACUUAUUUGCAUUUUACUCGUGCUGCGAUGUGCGCAAAUCAUAACGAGAGUUGUAAGCAGAACAACAGCAAACUUUCAGAAAACGGAAAUGUGUAGCAGAAGUAACAGAAAACCAACUAUUUGUCUGCCGGACACUAUGUAUGCUAGGUCGAACCGCACGUUUUACGAUUUACGUUUGACAAGACUGAUACCAGUCGUUCUUUUUUGUUUUGUAGCAUCGUGACGCCUAAUAUGGAAAGAACAGAUCACCGUUUAACCAUUGCUCACGAAUUUGCAUUGGAAGUAGAGAAUUAUUUUCUUUUCAUUCGUUCCAUGCGACAUUCAGAUGCAUUAACCAGAAUUACACAAUAUUUACCAGACAAACGUUGUAACUUAGGGACACCAGGGAGCCAAAUCUGGAAUUCAUAUUGAAGAGUAGAGAAAACGCAUAAAUCCGAUAAAAAAAAAUAACAACGGUAACAACACAUGAAGAAAAAGUGGAACAUUUGUACCAAAACGAACGAAGCAUAUUGCUUGCAAAUGGUAAAAAAUAAAGUCAAACCCAAACAAACACAACUGAAACUCAAACAAAUGGUGUAUUUACAACAAAAACCUAUCCGAUCCACACUAUACUCCCUUUAUUCUACCCUCCGUGGAAAACGAAACAAUUUAUAGGUAACAAUAUAAGGUGUGUUUAGUAUGCUUCUAAAAGCCAUCUUUCUCCGUAAUUUGUACGUGUUUUAAAUAAACCUAAAGUACACGGACGCAUGUGGUCAAUGAGAUUUGCUCCCUUUUGAUUAAACUCUAUAUGUUCGAAGAGUCUUGAAACAGGUGUUAGGACCGCUUCUAUUAGAUCGAGAAAAAUUUGUUAUGUGUACAUGCUUUCAAAAUAAGCACAACGAAUAAUGCUUACUGAUUACAUGAUGUGUGGCAGGCCUCGGUUUGUUUUUGUGACAAAUGAUCACGGAAUAGUCAAGAUUGUGAAUGUCUUCGGACGCAGGAAUGGAGAAACAAACAAUGAACCAACAGGAACGAACUCACGAAAUUAAUGCAUAUAGACGGGUCUGUACAGCAUAGAGAAACCGAACCAGAAUAGGGAGAUGUACUUGUGUUACAUGUGCAUUAAAUCUCUUAUUCUCUUCUUUCUAUACAAACAACCAAACUUUAAAAAAAUUAUCAAAACAAAACUAACUUUCAUAAUUUGUGCUUAAAAACGUUUCAAUGGUUGGAAUAGUAUUCAAAAUGAUAAUGAUUCAGCGUAGCAAGGAGUGGGAAUGAAGAACAAUAAAUGUCGCCAGUCGACAAUUGCAAAACAAAAAUACAGAUGGUAGUUGCAUUGGGGUCACUCGCUAUCGUUGAACUUGAAGAUUAUUACCUUGAACGCUGUAUAAAAAAUCUUGUUUCUCAAUCCAUGACUUGAAAAGAAUGAAUCCGAAAUUCAGGUUACAGUGGCGAGUUGACCUUAGUGUGCACUGACUAACUGGGCAUAGAUUCCAGAGUGGUCCUUGAACUCUAGAGGGAAAACUCACCUGUACCUGCUGGUAGUGCCAGUCGGAAUAGAAUUAAAGAAUACUCACACGAAGGAGAAAGGAAAGUGCUUAUUUCUUUUGGGUAGUAAUAGUCCGUCCGUGUGGAAAUAUAAGUCAUGCGGAGAUUACACCACUUGUUAACCAGUAAAGACGUUCAAUUUAUCUGGACUUUAUUUACUUAUCCGGCUGCUACAAUCGCCGAGCAAGCUAGGGAGUUCUAUGAACAUAAAACCCUAAGUCAUGACCACCCAACACAGCAUUCACCAAUAGACCAAAUUUUUCCAAGACCAAUGAAUAUUUACCGAACUUAUUUGCUGGAAUAACACGAACUUACUUGUUACAGAGCACGCGAUAGCUUGAAUGAAUUAUUCUUUGAAUAAGAGAUUUAAUGCACAUGUUACACAACUUCGGUAGAACAAUGUUUAUUCUGAAUAUUUUUAUCGCGCUUCACUGGCUUCCUUAUACUGCUACUUCAGAAAAAUGCAGAUUGGGCACAGACAUUUUUAAUUUACCUUAAAAUGAUAACAAU